AUGUAUUACAAUGGUUCCAAUACCUGUAAGUUAACCGUUAACAAUGCCGACACUGGGGAACCUGGUAAUGUUACUUAUGGUAUUUCAGUCUAUAAUGUUAUUAUCCCUUUGAGGAGCCCCAAAUGGCACCUAUUGGUUGUGGGGUAAGAUGGCUUACUAUAGCCUUCCCCUGAACUGGGGAGGUAGUUGUACUGUUGGGUUUGUGGUGACUGCUAUGAGAACCGUUCCAAACAAUGACAAGAAUCUGAAGGCUCUGUUGGAAUGA